CGCACACACGGCGCACACACGGCGCACACACGCGCACCUCCAGCAUCAGCGCAUCUCUCUCCCUCUCCAUCUCCGCGCUGCUAGCGAGGACCCCGCCAGGCGUGAGAAGCCUCCAAGCCAGGGACAACAGAACUUUCAUCUCUCCUCAAAGGGAAGGACUUGCAGCGGCAAACAUCUUAUACCAACUCAUCACAUAUUUUAAUAUCUGGAAGUAUCAUCUGCCCAUUGGAUCAUGUGGAAUCACUGAAGCACAGGCUUCUUGCAGCCCGGCUUUUGUGAAGUCCCCUGGUAUGUGACAGAGAACUUGGAAGCCACUAUGACGAACCAGGAGAAGUGGGCUCACCUUAGUCCUUCUGAAUUCUCUCAGCUCCAGAAGUAUGCUGAGUAUUCUACAAAAAAAAUCAAGGACGUCCUGGGAGAAUUCCACGGCGACGGCGUGCUAGCAAAGUAUAAUCCUGAGGGGAAACAAGACAUUCUUAACCAAACCAUAGACUUUGAAGGUUUCAAGCUGUUCAUGAAAACAUUCCUGGAGGCCGAGCUGCCCGAUGACUUCAGUGCCCAUCUCUUCACAUCCUUUAGCAGCCAAGCCCCUCAUUCCAGCCCCUUGGUCAAAAGUAAACCUCCCCUCCUCUCUGGGGGUUUGCGGAUGACUAAGGGUGCUGUAACUCCCCCCCACACUUCUCCAGCCAGUUUGCACAUGCCUCAAGUCAUCCAGCUGAAAGAUAUCGUCUGCUACUUGUCCUUGCUCGAACGAGGGAGACCUGAAGACAAACUAGAGUUCAUGUUCCGCCUCUAUGACACCGAUGGCAAUGGCUUCCUGGACAGUUCGGAGCUGGAAAAUAUCAUUAGUCAGAUGAUGCACGUGGCUGAAUAUCUCGAGUGGGAUGUGACUGAGCUCAGUCCGAUACUUCAUGAAAUGAUGGAAGAGAUCGACUAUGAUCAUGAUGGCACUGUCUCUCUGCAGGAGUGGAUUCAGGGAGGGAUGACGACCAUCCCCUUACUGGUGCUCCUUGGCUUGGAAAACAAUGUGAAGGAUGAUGGACAGCACGUUUGGCGACUGAAGCAUUUUAACAAGCCAGCCUACUGCAAUCUUUGCUUGAACAUGCUCAUCGGUGUGGGGAAGCAGGGCCUGUGCUGCUCCUUUUGCAAGUACACAGUCCAUGAGCGCUGUGUGGCAAGAGCGCCUCCAUCUUGCAUCAAGACCUAUGUGAAGUCCAAAAAGAACACGGAUGUCAUGCACCAUUACUGGGUUGAAGGUAACUGCCCAACCAAGUGUGACAAGUGUCAUAAAAAUGUCAAAUGCUACCAAGGCCUGACUGGACUUCACUGUGUUUGGUGUCAGAUAACACUCCAUAAUAAAUGUGCCUCUCACCUCAAACCCGAGUGCGACUGUGGAACCUUGAGGGACCAUAUCUUACCACCCACAGCAAUCUGCCCAGUGGUGCUGACUCUGCAAACUUCAGGAGUUUCACUUCCUGAGGACCGCCAAGGAACCAUGAACAAGGACAAUGAAUCCUCCCAGCAGGCCAACAAAGCAGGAGACAAGAACAAAAUGCAGAGAGCUAACUCAGUGACUGUGGAUGGACAAGGCCUACAGAUUACUCCAAUUCCUGGCACUCACCCACUGUUGGUUUUUGUCAACCCCAAGAGUGGUGGGAAGCAAGGAGAAAGAAUCUACAGAAAACUUCAGUAUCUCUUAAACCCUCGCCAGGUUUAUAGCCUUGCUACACACGGACCCAUGCCAGGGUUAAAUUUUUUCCGAGACGUUCCUGACUUCAGGGUCCUGGCGUGUGGUGGAGAUGGAACAGUGGGCUGGAUUUUGGACUGCAUAGAAAAGGCAAAUAUAGUGAAGCAUCCUCCAGUUGCAAUCCUGCCUCUUGGGACCGGUAAUGACCUUGCCAGAUGCCUCAGAUGGGGAGGAGGCUAUGAAGGGGAGAGUCUGAUGAAAAUCCUCAGAGACAUUGAGAACAGCUCCCAGAUCAUGCUGGACCGAUGGAAGUUUGAGGUCACCCCGAAUGAUAAAGAUGAAAAAGGAGACCCAGUGCCUUACUCGAUUAUCAAUAACUAUUUUUCCAUUGGCGUGGAUGCCUCCAUCGCCCACAGAUUCCACAUCAUGAGAGAGAAACACCCAGAGAAGUUCAACAGCCGAAUGAAGAACAAGUUUUGGUAUUUUGAGUUUGGCACCUCGGAGACGUUCGCAGCGACCUGCAAGAGGCUGCACGAAUCUGUGGAGAUUGAAUGUGAUGGCGUGCAGCUAGACCUAAUAAACAUCUCGCUGGAAGGAAUUGCUAUUUUGAAUAUUCCCAGCAUGCAUGGAGGAUCCAAUCUUUGGGGAGAGACCAAGAAAAGGCGCAGUCAUCGCCGAACUGAAAAGAAGGGGUCAGAGAAGAGAACAACCGUCACUGAUGUUAAGGAGCUGAAGUUUGCAAGCCAAGAUCUGAGUGAUCAGCUGUUGGAGGUGGUCGGUCUAGAAGGUGCCAUGGAGAUGGGACAGAUUUACACUGGCCUGAAGAGUGCUGGCCGCCGCCUGGCUCAGUGCGCCUCUGUGGUCAUUAGGACAAGCAAGUCACUGCCAAUGCAGAUUGAUGGGGAGCCAUGGAUGCAGACUCCGUGUACUAUAAAAAUUAUCCACAAGAACCAAGCACCAAUGCUUAUGGGACCCCCGCCGAAAACUGGGUUCUUCCGCUCCAUCGUGCGCAGGCCCCGGCACCGCAGCAAGGAGUGAGCCCAGCUGCUUGGGUCUUAGCCGCCGACCGGGCAUCCUCCGCCUUGCGAACAUUCGCCCUGGAAAGCUUCGACCCGUUGCUGUCGUCUGUAUAUGCCGCCAACCCUUGGAACGGGUUCUGCAGUGUCUGUGCCUGAGCUCGUGUACAAUUCUGCUAUUAGAACAUUUCUUGUCCCAGUUUCAGAGGCAUUUUGCAUGAAGAAAGCAGAUGUUUCCAUAAAGUGAUACUGCAUAUAUCUGUGGCAUGCAUUCCCAUGGAUUCUUAUGUCUCUCUCCACAUACACCCCCACCCCAACCCUUCCCCCCUCCUGCAGCCCGUGCUUAGUAACUUGUGGGAGUAGCCUGUUGUGAAACAUGAAAAGGGAACUGCCAGGAGAAAUUGAUACUCUCAGUUUGAUCCCCUUUAUUACCCAGCCCAGAUCAGUAACAGCAGGGUGCGGAUGCUAACCCUGGACUGGCUAGAGGCUUAAGCGAGAUGUUGAAUGUAAAGCGCUUUGUAGACCUUUAAACACGCUAGUUAAAUGUGAGCUACGAUUAUCAUUAUCAGUAUUAUAAUUAUUAUUGUUGUCUUCUCUUUGGGAACCAAAUAUCAGAUCAAUGGUCUUUGACCUUGAUUUUAAGGGGCCUUUACAAUCACAGGUUUCAUUAAACAGCUAUCCCUCUCGUCUCACUGCUUGUCCUGUGCUUCCCCUCUUCUUCCAAGCUUAACUCUGUUGCGUGUGUGAUUGAAAAGGGAGAAUGGAUUGUCUAGUGAAUUAGCAGAAGACAUAUAUUUCUAGGAAAAUGGAAAGCCAAGUUCUUUCUUCCAGAACUACAUGAAAGCAUUUGACUCUGAACAAAAUUCUGCAACUGAGACAAACGCUAAAUCUCCCUGCCUCUGAACCCCUGUGAGAGCACCUCAUAAUUGCUUAUGUAUCCAAUAACCAAGUGGACUUUGUAAACCGUGUGCCUAAUCAACUGCAUUUCCCACCAAAGAUUUAGUGAGAGAGGCCUGAGAGAAAUGGGUUAAUGCAUAAUUAAUCAGGCACUGGGGAGCCAAUCCACUCCGGGAAAUUUACAAUUCUUUGAAUUCCUUUAGAAAUGGCUGAAAUAACACUAGAAGAGGGUAAACGGUCCAUUAAUUAUAAUAAAAUGCUCACCUUUGAUAGAGCUCCAGAAUAUGUAGUCCCAGUUCCAGAAAGUCCUUCUUGGCCUCCUUGCUAUACGUAAAUGUAUGUACUCAUGUUUCACUUAAGUGCAUCUGAGAAAGGAACCCAGAGAUGGUCUUAGGCCCUUCUCUUUGAUGUUGGUACUUCCACUUAUUUCAAACAUUAAGAUGAUGGGAGUGUGAAUCAUGCAUGUCCUUGGUUCUUGCCUCUGAGAGAUUUCUUAGUACUACUUAUACCUGAUGGCAUAGAGCUUUGCAUGGUUAUGUGUGACCCCUGUAGUGACCUGAGGCAUGUCCUAGGAUGGUUACCCAUAACAUGUGGCGUUGAACUAGGGACACACAAUGUGAAAGCUUCCCUGAACAGCCAAGGUCCUGCUUGUUCAUAUUGACCCCCAUUGCAUCAUCAUAUGUUUUCUGUCUUCAGACAUGCCACAAGGGGAAAAAAUGUUUGAAAUGCAUGAUUCUCUCUCUCUCUCUCUCUCUCUCUCUCUCUCUCUCUCUCUCUCUCUCUCUCUCUCUCUCUCUGCAUUAAAGCGCUAAAGAUUUAUCAGUGCUAUCUUGUAUUGAUUCAGUUCAUCUUUGAAUAACAAAGAGCAUUUAGUCGUGUGGUUGAACUCAGUUGUGUGCAUGGAUUUAUGGAUUCUCAAUGACACCGCUUUCAUCUCUGUGCUUUGGUUGGAGGCCUAACUCCAGAUGAGUGCUACUGGACCCUGGACCUGAGCCACGCCCAUCUCUUAGGCUGACAUGCCAGAGAAGAUCUUGUACCCGAGCUCCUUCUCUCAGUAUCCUUGAACCCUCCAGGUCAAAUCACAAUAAACAAAAUGGGUUCU